CUGGGUGUUCGGGAUGAUCGAUGUGGCGAGCGGCGAACUCCGGAUGGUCAGGGUCCGCAGACGGGACACCCUGACCCUGUGUCGCGAAAUCCAACGGCACGUGGCGCCCGGGACCACAAUAACCACGGACGAGUGGGCGGCCUAUAGGAGGAUUCCUGCGCUCCGGGACGCGGCUGGAGUUUCCCUGAACUACACCCACCUGACCGUAAACCACAGCCGGCAGUUCGUGAACUCCAGGAACGGGGCCCACACUCAAAACAUCGAGUCUGCGUGGGGACCCGCCAAGGCGCUGCUCGUCCGCACCAUGAAGGGGUGGAGCAACCCGGGUGCCCACACACCGCAAGGACGAGCGGAGGCAGACCGCAUGCUGCAGACUUACCUGGACUGGGUCUGGUGGCGAUCAAUCAACGGCCCCACGAAGUGUAAGGACACCUUCCUGCGGCUCCUCGAAACCAUCGCAAGGCAGUACCCACAAGGCUAA